AUGGGGGAGAACAGUAAGGCCAAUGGGGAUCAAGUUCAAGCAAGAAGAGACAAAGAGGAAGCUGAGGAGAAAAACAAUGAAGGAAAAGAACUCCCUUUGAUGGCUCUGAAUCACGUGUCGAGGCUGUGCAGAAAUGUGAAGGAAUCCAUAGAUUUCUACACCAAGGUUCUUGGUUUUGUGUUGAUUGAAAGACCACCGGCUUUUGAUUUCGAUGGUGCGUGGUUGUUCAACUAUGGAGUUGGAAUUCACCUGGUGCAGUCCAAGGAUGAAGAUAGGCUCCCUGAUACUGAUCAUCUGGAUCCCAUGGAUAACCACAUCUCUUUCCAGUGUGAAGACAUGGGAGCAAUCGAGAAGAGAUUGAAGGAGUUUAACAUAAAGUACAUGAAGAGAACAGUGGAGGAUGAUGAAAGUGGAACUGCAAUCGAUCAGCUGUUUUUCAACGAUCCAGAUGGAUUCAUGAUCGAGAUAUGUAACUGUGAAAAUCUUAAGCUUGUUCCUGCUGGUUCCUUGGGCCAAAUAAAGCUCCCAUUCGACAGGCAUAACCCACCAGUUGAAACCAGAAAUGGUGACGAUGAUCAUGCAACUAACUAG